CUGGCACUGGUAUAGACCCAGUUGCCAAUCGGGAUCAAGCAUUUGGUAUUCUUAGAGAGUGUCUACAUGGUAUAGGUGCUCUUCGGAGACGCACUAUAGUACAGAUGAAUACUAGUAAUAGCUUUAGAAAUCCUUCAAUUGCCUAUGACUAUGCAAAUAUUGCUAGUAAUAAUGCAGUAACCAUAG